AUGCGCUUCGGCAAGACUCUGCGGGAGUCCAUCAACGGGCCAUGGAAGGACAAGUACAUCGAUUACAACAAGCUCAAAACCCUCCUCCGCGAAGACAAAUUUGACGACGACAACGAAAUCUGGACUGAAGAGGAUGAGAACCGCUUCUGCGAGGAGAUUUUCAACGUCGAGCUGGACAAGGUUGCCAAGUUCCAGGAAGAGCAGGUAUCUCUCCUCAAGGACCGUGCCGAUGCCGCCUUUGCCAAGCUCAAAAAGCUUGCGCCGCCCGCGCCCGCGGACGACUCCGCGCACCCAGUCGUCAACGAUACCACUAAGGCCAGCUUUGAAGAGCUCGAGACCGAGCUCGACAGCAUCAUGGAUCAGGUCAAGGAGCUCAAAAAGUACAGCUCCAUAAACUACACCGGUUUCCUCAAGAUUGUCAAGAAACACGACCGCAAGCGCGGUGACCGAUACAAGGUCCGCCCCAUGAUGCAACACAGUCUUGCCCAGCGUCCCUUCAACUCUGAGCAGGGCUACUCGGCUCUCCUCAACAAGCUCUCAAUCAUGUACUACGCCAUCCGCCAACAGCUCGAAGAUGACCCUGCACUGCCCAUUGACCUCGAAACCCAAGGCGAGACUCUCAAUGGCGAGCGCUACACAGCUCACAAAUUUUGGAUUCAUCCCGACAACCUACUCGAAGUCCGCACCCUCAUCCUCCGCCAUCUCCCCGCCCUCGUCUACAGCCAGCAGACCUCCAAGGAGUUUGACGGCAGCGAAUCGCCCACAGUGACCUCUCUUUACUUCGACAACAAGUCGUUCGAGCUUUACAACAAAAAGGUCGACAGGAGCAGCAAGGGUGCCGAGUCGCUGCGUCUGCGCUGGUACGGUCAACUCAGUUCAAAGCCUGACAUUUUCGUCGAGCAAAAGGUCGCCGACGGCACAGGCGAGAGCCACGAGUCAAAGUUCACCAUUAAGGACAAAUAUGUCACCCCUUUUCUCGCGGGCGAGUACUCUAUGGAAAAGACCACCGCUAAGAUGGAGCGCCAAGGCCAGUCUGCCGAGACUGUUGCCGAGUACAAGAAACUUGUCGACAACAUUCAGAGCUUUCAGCAGAAACAGAAGCUGGCGCCAGUCAUUCGCGCCAACUACCUACGUACCGCCUUUCAGAAACCCGCCGAUGAUCGCAUCCGAAUUUCCAUCGACACAGAUCUCGCUUUUAUCCGCGAAGACACCCUCGACGCUGAGCGUCCCUGCCGCAACCCUAGCGAUUGGCAUCGCACCGACAUUGACGAUAGCAACAUGACAUAUCCCUUCCGCAACAUCAACCAAAGCGAAGUCUCCAAAUUCCCCUUCGCAGUCCUCGAGAUUAAGCUCCGUGAGCACGCCAACCGCAAACGUCCGGUCUGGGUUGAGGACCUGCUGUCCUCUCACCUCAUCCACCCGGUGCCGCGCUUCUCUAAGUUUGUCCACGGCGUGGCCUCUCUCUUUGAAGACCACGUCAAUGCUCUGCCCUUCUGGCUUAGCGAUCUGGAGACGGACAUCCGCAAGGACCCCCAACUUGCAUUUGAAGCCGAGGAGCAGCGCCGAGCCCAGCGUGCCGACGAUGCUAUGGCCGUUGGAAGCCUCAUUGGUACCCUCCCGUCCUCCUACAAGGCCGCCAAGAGUUCGUCCGUCGGAAAAUCGUACCUCGCCGAUCGUAUGGCCGCCGAGUCCCGCGACCAGCAGGCCAAGUCGCUUACACACCGAAGCAGCGUUGUCCCAGCCCAGCCCGAGGAAGAGGGCGAAGGCAGCGGCUCCUCCUCAACCCAUCAAAAUGGCCAAAGCAAGGGCGGUUACGGCACACUCUCCUCUGUUCUCCCUGCCCUCUCCCUCUCCAAGUAUGCCAAGGCUAAGCGUGCGCAGCGCUUCCAGCAGCUGCCGGAGGGCGUUGUCGAGCCGACCGAGUGGAUCAAAAAUGCUGGCGAGCUCAAGGUCGAGCCGAAAGUGUGGCUGGCCAACGAGCGUACGUUUUUGAAGUGGCAGCACAUUUGCAUCUUGCAGGGUGCUCUGGCCCUCGCUCUCUACACGGCGGCCGGCGAAAACACCACCGCUGCCGUAUUUGGUGUCGUGUACACGGGCAUCGCCGUUUUUGCCGGAGCCUGGGGCUAUGCCAUGUUACGCGUGCGGCGUAGCAUGAUUAUUGAACGCAGCGGGAAAGACUUUGAUAACAUGGUUGGGCCGAUUAUCAUCAGCGUCGCGCUAAUUGUGGCUCUACUUGCCAACUUCAUCAUCCAGUACCGCAAGGCAUUUGAUAAGAUGCGCAAUCACCACCCCGAUGCUGGCGUGCCAGAAUAUCACAUGAUCUACGAUGAGCUCCGAUGA